ACAAACAGUUGGGACAUCUGGCACAGACUGUACAACUGUACAUAGCUGUUGCUGCUACAUACCUUUUUAAUCCCAUAGUUGAUGAUUCUCACCUUUCUUCAUCUCCCAUGGCUUCUUCUUCGUCCUCUUCUAAUUCCGGAGAUCCUCUUCCCGCGCAAGAAGCAGUUCAAGCGCUCGUUGCCUCCUUAGCAGAUGACUCAUCUUUGGUUCGAGAAGCAUCCAUGGCCUCUCUCGACGAAAUUGCUCCUUUAAAUCCACUUCUGGUUCUAGAUUGUUGUUCUACUGUUUCUCGCGGUGGACGAAGGCGGUUUCGGAAUAUAUCUGGUGUAUAUCAAGUUAUGUCAUUCGCUAUUCGUGCUCUUAACAAAGAUGAUGUAGAUCCUUCUUAUAUGACCAGGAUUGCGAAACUCGUUACUUCUGAGCUGAUUUCAUCUAAGGAAUUGAAUGCUGAUUGGCAAAGAGCUGCAGCAGGUGUACUUGUUUCGAUAGGUUCACAUUGUCCAGAUCUAAUGAUGGAAGAGACAUUUCUUCAUCUUUCAGGGACAAACUCAGCUCUCCCCGCUAUGGUUCAAAUACUUGCAGAGUUUGCUGCAGUCGAUGCUGUGCAGUUUACACCUCGGCUGAAAGCAGUACUCUCCAGAGUUCUGCCUAUUCUUGGAAAUGUGAGAGAGAUCCACCGGGCAAUUUUUGCAAAUGCAUUCAAGUGUUGGUGUCAAGCCUGUUGGCAAUAUAGUGUGGAUUUUUCAUUAUCAUUGAUUCUUGAUGGUGAUGUCAUGUCCUAUAUAAAUUCGGCCUUUGAGCUACUAUUGAGGGUUUGGGCUACUUCAUGGGACCUCAAGGUUCGAACAUCGACGGUCGAAGCAUUAGGUCAGAUGGUUGGUCUUGUAGCACGACUACAACUAAAAGCAGCUUUGCCUAGACUUGUGCCUACCAUAUUAGAACUGUAUGGGAAAGAUCAGGAAGUUUCUUUUUUAGCAACUUGCAGUCUAUAUAAUCUCUUGAAUGCCUCUUUACUCUCGGAAAGUGGUCCUUUGCUUGAGUUUGAGGAUGUCAAAGUUAUUCUAUCAUCACUUCUUCCAGUGAUUUGCUCGUACAAUGACAACAAUGAUCGUUCAGAUUUUUCAAUGGGAUUAAAGACUUAUAACAAAGUUCAGCAUUGCUUUUUGACCGUCGGCAUGGUUUAUUCCGAGGAAUUGUUUUUGUUCCUUCUUAAUAAAUGCAGGUUAAAGGAACAACACUUGACUUUUGGUGCUCUUUGUGUUUUGAAGCAUCUGCUGCCCAGGUUGGCUGAAGCUUGGCACAGUAAAAUACUGUUAUUAGUUGAAGCAAUGAAGCUGUUGCUAGAUGAGCAAAGUUUAGGGGUUCGGAAGGCACUUUCAGAAUUAAUAAUGGUCAUGGCUUCACACUGCUACCUAGUGGGUUCCUCGGGGGAGUUGUUUGUUGAAUAUCUUGUACGGAAUUGUGCAAUGUCAGACAAAGAGAGAGAUAACCUUGAGAGCUUUAAGGAAUACUCUAGGUCAGGCAGCAGUUAUUACUCUUUCCAGUACAAAAGAUUAGAGCUAAAGAUUGGUGUUUGUCCAUCGGAGUUACGGGCAAUAUCUGAAAAAGGUCUUCUUCUAAUUACAAUUACAAUUCCUGAAAUGGAGCAUAUUCUGUGGCCUUUUCUGUUGAAAAUGAUUAUACCACGGGAUUAUAGUGGUGGCGUUGCCACGGUCUGCAGAUGCAUCUCAGAAUUAUGCAGGCGUAGAUCUUUUCCCAGUGAUUCCAUGCUCUCUGAGUGUCAAGCUCGUAGUGAUAUCCCUCAACCCGAGGAACUUUUUGCUCGCCUGCUGGUGCUUUUGCAUGAUCCUCUAGCAAGGGAACAGUUAGCAACUCAGAUUUUGACCGCAUUAUGUUACUUGGCACCUCUUUUCCCGAAGAACAUGUACUUGUUUUUGCAAGAUGAGAUUCCAAAAAUGAAAGCGUAUGUCAGUGACACUGAAGACCUAAAGCAAGAUCCUUCAUAUCAAGAGACCUGGGAUGACAUGAUAGUACAUUUUCUCGCAGAAUCUUUGGACGUGGUCCAAGAUAAUAAUUGGAUUAUUUCACUGGGAAAUGCUUUUGCUGAACAAUAUGAGCUUUAUACAUUUGAUGAUGAUCACUCUGCUCUUCUUCACCGAUGUUUUGGCAUGCUGCUCCAAAAAGUUGACAGUAGAAGCUAUGUUCGUGAAAAGAUUGACUGGAUGUAUAAACAAGCUGAUAUUGCAUGUCCAACUAAUAGGCUUGGUUUGGCAAAAGCAGUUGGAUUGGUUGCCGCAUCUCACUUGGACACGGUUUUGGAAAAACUAAAAUCCAUUCUUGAUAAUGUCGGGCAGAGCUUCGUUCAAAGGUUUUUAUCUUUCUUCUCUGAAAGAGCUAAACACAUGGAUGAUUCGGAUGAUAUUCAUGCUGCUUUGGCUCUGAUGUAUGGAUAUGCUGCAAGAUAUGCUCCAUCAACAGUUAUUGAAGCAAGAAUAGAUGCACUUGUGGGGACAAAUAUGCUUUCCCGGCUUCUUCAUGUACAAAACCCUAAAGCAAAGCAGGCAGUUAUUACUGCUAUUGAUUUGUUAGGCCGUGCUGUCAUUAAUGCCGCUGGAAAUGGUAUAUCAUUCCCUUUGAAAAAAAGAGAUCUAUUGCUAGACUACAUAGUUACACUCAUGGGUCUGGAUGAUGACAAUGAUAUAUAUGAUUCUAGUAUUGAACUUUUGCAUACUCAGGCCCUUGCUCUAAGUGCUUGCACAACUCUUGUCUCUGUGGAGCCAAAGUUGACAACUGAAACAAGGAACCUUGUUAUGAAGGCAACCUUGGGAUUGUUUGCAUUGCCAAAUGAACCCUCUGAUGUUGUAAACCCGCUUAUCGACAAUCUUAUAACUCUACUAUGCGCAAUUCUUGUGACAAGUGGAGAAGAUGGAAGGAGUCGGGCAGAGCAGUUAUUGUAUCUCUUGGGACAGAUUGAUCAAUAUGUUUCAUCACCUGUAGAUUAUCAAAGAAGACGAGGUUGUCUUGCUGCUUAUGAGAUGCUGCUCAAGUUUCGAACACUGUGUGUCACUGGAUACUGUCCAGUUGGCUGUGCUGGAAGCUGUACCCACAUCAAACAAGUGAACCGUUCUCUUCAACGCAAUUCCAAUUUGCCUUCUGCAUUUACUUUGCCAAGUCGAGAUGCCUUGGGUUUGGGAAAUAGGAUAGUUUCUUAUUUGCCACGGUGUGCUGAUACUAAUUCCGAAGUCCGAAAGAUUUCUGCUCAGAUUAUUGGUCAACUAUUCAGUAUAUCUCUGUCUUUACCAAGACCUGUACCUCAUACUUCUGUGACAAAUUCUGAAAUGUCCUAUGGUGCUUUGUCCUCCCUUGAGGAUGUUAUAGCUAUACUGAGAAGUGAUGCUUCUAUUGAUCCAUCGGAAGUAUUCAACAGGGUUGUGUCCUCGGUUUGUACAUUACUUACUACGGAUGAGCUUGUAGCUACACUGAGUAACUGCUCCGCAGCUAUAUCUGACAAGAUAAAGCAGUCAGCAGAAGGCGCUAUCCAAGCUGUUGUGGAGUUUGUCACAAAGAGAGGAAAUGAUUUAAACGAGUCUGCGAUUUCAAGGACAACCCAAUCUUUGCUCACGGCCACGGUUCAUGUUACUGAGAAGUAUUUACGCCAGGAAAUUCUGGGCGCUAUAUCAAACCUAGCUGAGACCACCAGUUCGAGAAUUGUGUUCAGUGAAGUAUUAGCUUCUGCAGGAAGAGAUAUAGUUACAAAGGAUAUUUCCAGGUUACGAGGUGGCUGGCCAAUGCAGGAUGCUUUUUACGCAUUUUCCCAGCAUACAGUGCUUUCAAAUCUGUUCUUGGAACAUGUGCUAUCUGUCCUUAACAAGACCUCUGCCCCUAAAAAUGAUUUUGCUAAAGGUGAAGGCUCCAGCCAACUUGUUGAUUACAUGGAAGAUGAUAUCCUGCAUGCUGCCGUUUUUGCUCUGACUUCUUUUUUUAGAGGUGGUGGUAGAAUUGGGAAGAAAUCUGUUGAGCAAAAAUAUGCUUCUGUUCUUGCAACACUUACUCUUCAUUUGGGAAGUUGUCAUGGGUUAGCAAGUUCUGGUCAGCAGGAACCACUACGUGCACUUCUAGCUGCCUUUCAGGGGUUCUGUGAUUGUGUUGGAGAUCUCGAAAUGGGAAAGAUAUUGGCACGAGAUGGUGAACAGACUGAGAAUGAGAAGUGGAUCAGUCUUAUAGGAGAUUUGGCUGGUUGUGUUUCCAUAAAAAGACCCAAAGAGAUUCCAGGAAUAUCUCUGAUUUUGAGUAAGUACCUAAACCGAACCCUUAAUGUUCAGAGGGAGGCUGCAGCUGCAGCUUUAUCGGAGUUCGCUCGGUAUAGUGAAGGUUUGAGUUCUUUGUUGGAGGAGAUAGUUGAAGCAUUAUGCCGACAUGUGUCAGAUGACUCUCCCACUGUUAGGCGCCUUUGUCUUAAAGGAUUAGUGCAGAUGUCGUCCAUCCAUGUCAAUCAGUACACAACUCAGGUUCUUGGUGUAAUUUUAGCUUUACUCGAUGACUCGAAUGAAUCUGUUCAGUUAACUGCAGUGUCAUGCUUGCUGAUGGUUCUUGAGUCUUCACCCAAUGAUGCUGUAGAACCAAUUUUGCUUAGCCUUUCGGUUCGACUUCGCAAUCUUCAAGUGUGCAUGAACAUGAAAAUAAGAGCCCAUGCAUUUGCAGCCUUUGGAACACUUAGCAAAUAUGGGAUUGGGGAAUUACGCGAUCCUUUCAUUGAGCAGGUGCAUGCGGUCUUUCCACGCUUGGUCCUACAUAUCCACGAUGAAGAUCGCAGUGUUCGACAGGCUUGCCAGAAUACGCUUAAGAGAGUCGCUGAUCUAGUUGGGAUGGAGGAAAUGACUGUUUUAUUUAGCACGCAUCGUAUCAGCUCUGACCACCGAACUGAUUACGAAGAUUUUCUUAGAGAUAUUGCAAAACAGAUAACUCAGAAUCUAGCUUCCAGAAGCAGUACAUACAUGGCUUCAAUUGUCCAGGCUUUUGAUGCUCCUUGGCCUGUUAUUCAAGCAAAUGCCAUUUACUUGUCAAGUAGCAUGCUUGCUCUCUCAGAUGAUCACCACAUCUCUGCCCUCUAUAGUAGUCAGGUUUUCAGUGUGUUGGUGGGCCAAACAAGUCAGUCUGCACAUGAAAUUGUAAGAGCGACCUGUACUUCAGCCAUUGGUUUGUUACUAAAGGCUUCUAAUCCAUCCUCAUGGAGAAAUGCUAGGCUCGAUCAGUUGGAAUCGUCUCGAAACAGCCACGAAUCGGAUUCUUCCAGAAUGUAACCAUGUACAUGUAAGUACCAUACACAUUGGAGUGCUGAGUGAAAUUUUUCUACUAUCGGCAUCCCAUUCGGCUUUCUUUUGGAAGAUGUGAGGCAAUGUAUCGCUAGGUUGUUUUAAUAUGUGCAGUUGCUGCUUAUGAUGCUCUGUAUCUCUGUUUCGAUAUAGCAGAGUUGCAGAUAGUGAAGCUUUGUAUAUGUUUACAAUUAUGUACAGGCUGUACAGCUUUGGCGCAUAGGGUCAAUAGUGUAGAGUUGCCAGGUGUAUCUUAGCCCUUUAAGUUCUUCCAAAAAUAUGUUGUAGGAAGAUAGGUUUAACUUGUAAGUAUUAAAAGGGGGCAAGGAAAGGGGGGAAUUGCAAGCAAAUGUUAAACAUUUUGUCCCACUGAGAAACACUUGUAGUAUGAACUGGUUCAGGCUUACCGUGGGCCGCUUUUUGAUGUCCUUGUAGUGUUUUGGGUUUGAUUUUUCCAGAAAGUGGGUUGUGUACUUGUGUCAGUUUCUCUUUUACGGAAUAAGCCUGUAAUUUUUAUGAUGUCUCUAUAAUAUUGUGUGAAUCUUUGAGGA